AUGGCCAACGGUUCAAUUGUAGAAGAAUACUCGGCCAACCAGGACCCUGGGUCGUCUUCAACAUUCACACUUUCAUCCAAGAUCCAACGAGAAAUCGAAUCAAACGGUAUCGCCCGGCCCAAAGGCUAUACCGUAUCAUGGCACUACAAUCCAGACGUGGAAAACCACCACUUUGGACAAACCCACCCCAUGAAACCCUGGCGAUUGACGCUGACCAAAUCCCUCGUCCUCUCCUACGGCAUGCACACCGCCAUGGACACAUAUAUUUCACGUCCGGCGACCAAAGAUGAAAUCGCCGAGUUCCACAAGGACGAAUAUGUCGAGUUCCUCAGCGUGGCCACUCCGCAGAAUAUUUACGAGAUGUACCCGGAGCUGGCGACAGGGCCUCAAGGCUACUCGUCCGCGAUCUUCGGAGUCGGCGACGACUGUCCGAUUUUCGACGGUCUAUUCGCAUUCUGCGCUACAUAUGCAGGUGCCUCCAUCGACGCGGCGCGCAAACUCUGCAACAAACAAACGGACAUCGCCAUCAACUGGAGUGGCGGACUGCAUCACGCCAAAAAAGCCGAGGCUUCCGGCUUCUGCUACGUGAACGAUAUCGUCCUCGCGAUCCUGCAACUCCUGCGCUACCACCCACGUGUCCUCUAUAUUGAUAUCGACGUCCACCACGGCGACGGGGUGGAGCAGGCAUUCUGGUCCACGGACCGAGUCAUGUGCGUGUCCUUCCACAAAUACGACAAAGAAGUUUUCUUCCCCGGCACGGGUCCCCUGGAGUCCACUGGACCUAUCCACCCAGAUAAUCCAGGAAAGAAUUAUACAAUCAACGUACCCUUGAACGACGGUAUCGACGACGAAGGGUACGCAUACCUCUUCCAAAGCGUCGUCGAACCCACCAUUAAAACAUACCGCCCUUCAGCCAUCGUCCUCCAAUGCGGCGCCGACAGUCUCGGUCACGAUCGCCUCGGAUGCUUCAACCUGAACAUCCGCGGACACGGUAGUUGCGUGACUUUCGUGAAAAGCUUUCAAAUCCCUCUGCUGGUAGUGGGUGGGGGAGGGUACACGCCGCGUAACGUCGCGCGGGCCUGGGCACACGAGACAUCCAUUUGCAUCGGAGCGGACAAGACACUCAACCCGACUUUGCCAGAACACAUGCCGCACCGCGAAGCAUUCCGGCGCGAAGGUCUGACUCUCUUCCCGAACCUUGGUGGGUGGCGGAAAGAGAACAUGAACUCCAAAGCGGACAUCGAGCGCAUCAUCCGCCACGUGCGCGAACAGCUGAGUUACAUCAAAAGCGCGCCGUCUGUGCAGAUGCGCUACAUCCCGCCGGACAUCCAAGGGUGGCGUGAGGAGGUGGAGGAGGAGCUGAAAGCGAAGCGCGCGGAGAAGGAGGAAAUCAAAGAGGAGCGAGAUGGCGCCGGCGGCCUGUUGGCUAAGGCCAGCAGGAGGAGGGAAUUGGAGCGCAAUGGGCUCGGUGGAAGCGCUAGACUGGGUGAUUUUUUGAGCUAA